UUUAAAAUUCCGUCCGGUUGUGUUUUGUGAUGCGGGACGGUGUUACAGAGCGGGCUUUACUGUCUCCUCGUGUCUCAGUCCUUCCCGCACGGAAACCUAUUAAUGAUAUCGGUGGGGUUACAGUCAUCUCGGGGGGUUUCUGCAGUCCGAAACAAGUCAGCUCUAUAUCUGUUAUUGGGGAAUGAACCACGAGAAAAGCCCGGAUAACAGCAAGAGAAACUCUGGGUAUACCAGAGUUUGAUUAGACUUAAACAUCUGAUCUUUCUCUAUGUGGCUUUGUGUUUCUCUGUUCACAGUAUUGAGCAAAUGCUGGCUGUGAACCCCGGGAAGACACCCAUCAGUCUGCUGCAGGAAUAUGGAACGCGGAUAGGCAAGACUCCAGUGUACGACCUGCUGAAGGCUGAGGGUCAGGCCCACCAGCCUAACUUCACCUUCCGCGUGUCUGUGGGAGACAUCAACUGCACUGGCCAGGGCCCCAGCAAGAAAGCUGCAAAGCACAAAGCCGCAGAAGCUGCCCUGAAAAUGCUGAAAGGAGGAAUGCUGGGAGAGAUUGUAGGGAAUGGGAUGGAGGGAGAAGGGUUUGUCGGGAUUGAUAUGGAGGGCGAAUGCCCUCAUUCAGAGAUGAAAUCAUCCAGUUCGACACAACAAGCUGAGUGCAAUCCAGUCGGAGCUUUGCAGGAACUAGUAGUGCAGAAAGGCUGGCGUUUACCUGAGUACACGGUCACACAAGAAUCUGGACCUGCACACCGCAAAGAGUUUACAAUGACCUGUAGGGUGGAAAGAUUUGUUGAGAUAGGUAGUGGCACAUCAAAAAAGCUUGCUAAAAGAAAUGCAGCUGCAAAGAUGCUCUCUCGUAUCCAUGAUGUACCAGUGGACAUGCGGAGCGGCCAUGAAGCCGAAGCAGAAGAUGACACCUUCAGUGUGCCAAUAGGUGGCAGACUAGAGGGAGGGAAGUCUAAAGGUCUCGGCUGCACGUGGGACUCUCUGCGGAACUCUGCUGGGGAGAAGAUCCUACAGUUGCGCUGUCAUCCUCUGGGCCAACCCGACUCCAAUUUCUGUUCUCUCCUUCGUGAGCUUUCUGAGGAACAGCGCUUUGAUGUCAGCUACCUUGACAUAGAGGAGCGCAGUUUGAGUGGCCUUUACCAGUGUCUAGUGGAGUUGUCCACGCAGCCCAUUACCGUCUGCCACGGAUUCGCCUCCAGCCUGGAUGCAGCACGCAUCAGCGCUGCCCACAACGCCCUUCAGUACCUCAAGAUCAUGGCAGGGGGGAAAUAGGAAAAUCAGGUGAAUUGAAGCUUACCUCUUCUGCCCCCAGUUGUGUAAUAUGAGCUGCUUGUUUGUUUGAAGCAGUAGGUGCACUAUAAUUGCCGUCAAGGCCCUUGUGUUUGAGUCCUUGCUGCUACCAGCUGUGAAAUCAGUUGGAGGACGUACUGAUUUUGUCAUUUUCCCCUUGAAUAUGACACCAAAAGUGUGUACCCUUGCUCCUCAGUACCGCAAAACAAAGGCAGAGGACACUUUUAAUUUGAAACCCGAGGACAAAAUUCACAGGGGUUCAAUGUGAGUGAAUUCAUCUCUGCGAUUCAUUGGGAAAAAGUCAUAUGUAUUUCUUCAAAAACAAGUGAACUUUGCCCAAAAUUUUCAACUUUUGACUUUUCCAUCAAUUUUUUUUUCCUUUUUCUUUCAUUUAAAUUAUGGCAUAGAGAAUUUGCUCUGUGACCUUGAUGAACUGAUGAACCUAGGACAGCAUGAACUUUUUUUAACUGUAAAUAUUUCACUUUUGUACAAUUUAUUUUCAUUAUAUUUUAAUAAUAGAAGUUAUUCAUUAACAUUUAUUUAGCUUCAUAGAAGGUGUUAGUAAGAUAAAGUCUUUUUCUGUCGGCUAUUGAAAAUAAUAUCAUUUUUAACAUUGGCCUGACAGUCUGUGUUAAAUAUCUACCUCUGUGUAAGUGUUUCGGCCUCACAGGCUGCAGCAUUACAUUUGGACUGGCAAAGAUUGAAUUGUUCAUAUUCAAUAUAAUGGUAUAUGACCAACAACAAUAUGUACUGAUGUAAUUUGUACCAAGCUGGUGAAUCUGUGAUCUAUUGAAUAUUUUAUCUUGAACAAUAAACUUGAAAUUUACAUUAUCUUCUA